UAUCCUCCGCUCAGGACGAGGUUGCCGGAAGCAAAAUUGGCGGUGCAAUCAGAGCAAAUAACCGCCUGAAGGCGGCGAGGUGGUAACAUCAGGAAGCUACAAGACGUUAUAACGUGAGGUUGUACGUAGUUAUCAUAACCACAGGAGCACGGGAUGGGAGGACUGCACAGCAGAGCGACGGGAGUUCUGGAUAAGAGACGGAGUAGUGGCGGAGAGAAGGACGGGAUGGGAUGUUUCGGGAGCCGCGUGCAGACGUGUAAGACUCACCUGAGGAAAACUUACAACGGGAAAAGGCCGCUCAGAGAACAGUCUAAGAGGAUGCUUACACAGUUGGCGAGGGUGACUCACUUCACAGUAGCCGAAGUGAAACAGUGGUACAGACUGUUCCUGACGGACUGUCCAGACGGGCAGCUCUCAGAGGUUCAGUUUGUCAGCUUCUACUGCAACCACUUCGAACACGGCAACGCCGAAAUAAAAGCAAUCCUGGCCAGACGGAUCUUCCACACAUUUGACCGUGACGCCAGCGGGUGCGUGGAUUUCCGGGAGUUUCUUUGCGGGAUGUCGGCCAUGCUGAGGGGUACUCCCAUGGAGAGACUCAAGUGGGCCUUCUGUAUCUUCGACCUGAACAGCGACGGGACGGUCAGCAAGAAGGAACUCAUCAACGUCCUAACGGUUGGUAAAGCAAUCAAUUAG